AUGAUCGGUGAAUAUUCUUGCCCAUUUCUCUGCAAUACCGGAAAGGCUUGUGUAAAUCCUAGUACUAGGCCUGAAGGAUGUCGCUUCCAUUGGAAGGCUAAAAAACGUAUACCUUGUUCCGAUUGUGGUAAACCUACUGCUUCAGCUUGUGGACGAUGCCCAUUACAUAUCAGAGGGUACUAUGUUACCCAACACUAUAAUAGACUUCGAUCAGAGUUACAAGAAAGACUUCGAUCAGAGAUACGAGAAAGAACUUUUGAGGAAUUAAUGGUUACUCAUAGAGAUGCGCUUGCAAAGCUUAAUAUUACUCUCUGCAGGGAAUGCUUCCAUCCGAUAAAAUUAGAAGAAGGAGAAUAUUGUGAUACAGAUAAAGAGAACCAAACACCUAAAAAGCGAAAUGAAGUAUUCAAAGCUAAAGAAGAAAGAGAAAGAGAAGUUAUCGUAACUAAAGGGGAGGGUAAAAGAUCAAAAAUUAUGUUCGAUGAAGGAAAGGAGGAUGAGAGUAGAACAUAUUUAGCCGAAUUAACUUGA